AAACUAGCAGUGCCGCGUUCAAAUUUCGAACAGUUGAAUGCGUAUUGUAACCGUUUGUCGGGGCGAUUUUACCGUGCCACGCGACGUUGCCAGUUCGCACUUUAAAUUAGAAGGUUUUCGCGAAGCAAAAACUAGAAGCUAUGUCUCUACCAAAGGUUAAAGAUGAGAUGCAAGAUGAAAUGAGUCUUGUUAUUUGAGACAAAGAGUCGUGUCCAGGAGGCAGGACGUCCGAAACAAUGCUAAAGGAGCGGGAGAGCUCGGAGGGGUCACCCGGUGUGCCUGAUGAGUGCGCGGGAUGCGGGGGCAGGAUACAAGACAGGUUUUACCUGCUCGCUGUUGAUCGACAAUGGCACGGCAACUGUCUGCGGUGCUGUGAGUGCCGUCUGCCACUGGACUCCGAGCUGACCUGCUUCUCAAGAGAUGGAAAUAUUUACUGCAAGGAGGACUACUAUAGAUUAUUCUGCGUGAAGCGAUGUGCUCGCUGUGGAAAUGGGAUAACAGCUAACGAGUUAGUAAUGCGAGCGAGAGAUAUGGUAUAUCAUCUAACUUGCUUUACCUGCGUGGCAUGUGGUAGCCUGCUCUCUAAAGGAGAUGUAUUUGGUAUGCGCGAUGGUCUAGUCUACUGCAGGCCACAUUACGACAGCGCUUGCCUGGAUGAGUAUUGCGAUGAAGAUAUGAACAUGUACAGGUGUCAGGAUAUGCACAGUGAAGGUGAUUCUCCAUCGCAAUAUUACUCUGGUGGGCCAAGUCAGAAAGGUCGUCCUCGAAAACGGAAAAGCGCUCAAGGAUCUCCUGACGAUUUGCAAGUUCAAAGUAUGCGUAUGACGAACACCGCGUUGGAUUUGCUACACCGCGGAGAUUUGUCUUCGUCUAUGGAAUCACUGGCGUAUGACUCCUCUGUCGCAUCCCCUGGAAGUGCAACCAGCCACUCACAAAGAACCAAACGUAUGCGCACGAGUUUCAAGCAUCACCAAUUGCGUACAAUGAAAUCGUACUUUGCUAUAAAUCAAAAUCCUGAUGCUAAAGAUCUUAAGCAGUUGGCACAGAAGACAGGGCUAUCUAAACGUGUACUUCAGGUGUGGUUUCAAAACGCUCGAGCUAAGUGGCGCAGGAAUAUGAUGAGACAGGAAACUAGUCAUGGACAGAUCGCUCCGAACGGUAACGGAGGACAUAACAAUGGUAAUCUGGUCAGUGUACCACCCCCUAAUGUCCGUCCUAUGAUGAUAUCAGAAUCUCUUCAGUCCAUGGACGAUCUCAGAGUUCACACACCACACCCAAUGGCGUUCAAUGAGAUGUACUGAAUGAAGAAUAGGUACUCGGUAUGUCGCCACUAUUACUAAUUUACAAGUGUGAAAAUCCAAAUUGUGCCCACAAGCACCAAUAUCUCGUUCACUUUAUAUCUAGAGGUCUUGUUCGGAGUUGUAUUAUUAUACUCGUUUGGAAUGCAUAGAUUAAUCACUGGGUCACAAUUCUUUCUUAACUUAAUUAUAUAUUAAACAACAUCAUUUCUUAACUUAUGGGCAAAUGGAUAUUUAUGUCACUAUUAUAUUAUACACACAUUUAAAUGUAAAAGGGGUCAAAGGCCAAAGUACAGUACCCUCUUCUAUAUAAAUGGAUUAAGGUUCUAUAUUUCUAGAUAGCGCACAUAUGCGCGCUAUAUCCUAGAUAUGAUUUUAUUCAUAAUUGUGUGACCACCUCACGCGAAUCCUCUCUUGUUAAUGAUAAGUCGACGUGUAUCAAACAUAAUAUAGGAAAUGUAUGGGACUAUAGGAAUUUUUCAACAUUAUCCAAUAACCUUUUUCAAUUAUUUGUAGUGAGUGUUAUCCCAUUUUGUCUGUAUACCUAUUUUAUAUACUAUAGGCAAGUAGUUUCAAGCUAAACAUUCACGUCAAAAGUUAUUGGCAAAACAAAUCCUUAUUUAGAGUUAAUUAUAGCAGGCUCUCAUGGGUACAUAUCUAAUAGGUUAUAGUGUCAUCCUAUUGAUGUAUGUCCUAUUGAUCUGUAAUUUUUAUUACCAUUCGUUUUGAAAUAUUUUUUACGUAAAAUUACUAUGUUGACUAUGCAUUUCAUUGACUUAUAUUAUUUUGCAUUACUUUGUAUGAUAUAUUUAUUUAACUGUUAAUGGAUAUAGUCUUUUAUGUGUUAGUUAUCUAUGUAAAUAGUUUUAUAUGGUGACAUAUUAUUCCACAUGUAACAGUAGUAUCUGCUACGAGCCGCUCAUUCAAUUGCAUGUUACUUUGUCAAAGUAUCAAUUAUAAUAAACUUAUACGAUUUUGCGUGUAAUAUUGUGUGUACGAUUUUUAUGUUUAAUGCAUAUAAAGCGGUUAACGUUUUCUACUGUAUAUUUUACAGAAUUAAUGGCAAUUCUUUUCUAUUGAUAAUACUUUCAUGUGACAUUUAACACAAGUUUAAUCAUAGGUUAGAUGUAAAAAAACUAAACGUUCCAAUUUAUUAAGUGUAAUAUAUAUCGAAUUUAAUAUACUUUUUACUGUAAAUACAGUCAGACUAGUCAGCCCUUAGUGAAUAGUACCUUCCCAACUGUAAACUAUAGGCGUAGAACCUAGGUACUACUUCUAAAUAAUAGUAUCAAUACCUAUAUAAUAAUAUACACUAUCCCAUUAGAAUCUGUCUAGUUUUAAUAAUACUAUCUUUUAUUUUAUCGUAUAAGUGUUAAGUAUUAAACAUAUUUUUUUUAUAUUAUUUAUAUAAAUAUGUAGAUGUUUUGUAAAGCAAGCCGGGGUGGUAAGAAUGUAAAUCGAAGAUGAUACCGUAUGUUUAAUUGUGAUUGGCGAAACGGACGUGACGUCAUUAUGACGCAAUCGUCGUAUAUAUCUAUGGUUUUACACCCUUUCUGCCCUAAUCACAGAUCACGGAGAGGUUAAGCGUUCAAUUCUUUACCUUAAGGUAGAGUAUUAACACCAAUGGAUUUUUCUUUCCAUCCAUUUCCACGGCAUGUCUUAGACCAAAUAAUCGGUGUGAUUGAAGGCUCAUCAUCUAAUAACCUUUAGGAAUGAGUAAUUAAGGAAAUGUACCUCCCAUCGGCCAUUGCUUUAUAUAAGCAUGGCCGCGGGUUGACUGAGGUGUUACUGGAAUAGUUAAAAAAAGUGUUAAUUAAUUCACGUUAUGUUAAUUAAUUUAUUGGCAUUGUAUAAUUCGCCAAUCUUCUUUCCCUGAUCCUUAUUUAUUAUGUGCAUAAUUUUUAUGUUUAAUGUGGUAAGAUAAUCUAAGACAUAUAAUCAUGUAUUACGGAAACUUAUUUAUAUACUGAAAACCUAAUAUAUAAACACUAAUC